AUGAAAUAUAAACAAUUUCCCUGCAGAUUAUGUACAGAACAGAAGAUUGACGACAAUUUAUUACAUUUCAUUGCUAAGCAUGCAAAAGACUCAUGUCUUCAAAUAACCAGUAAUGGACUCAAGCUCAAAACUCGUCAUCAUUACUAUGCCCAAAUACAAGGAGGUAUGGGUAUUUCAGGAAGGCAAUGGUCUGAUUUGGCAGUCUAUUGUUACUACAGAAAUAUGGAGGAUUUGCAUAUUGAAAGAAUUUACUUUGACCCAAUUUAUUGGAAUGAUCUUAAACGUAACUUAUUAGAUUUUUGUUUACAUGCUGUAGUACCUGAGAUUAUCACCAGGCGAAUCAAAAGAGGAAAACCACUUCAUCCCAGAGUGUAUUGUUACAAGAAGUAA